UCCUCGCCAUGUUCGCUGGCCGGUCGGUGCGAGCAGCGGCGACGGGUUUCCCCUCCGCGGAGAAUCCGACUUCAUCCGGCUGUUCGGAGCUUCCCAAGCGGGAUCGUUUGAGCCCAAGGCGUUUGUGAAGCCUUUAGCUUUUCGACGGAUGCGGUUUGGAGCUGUAAAGGCGGCCCGGGCACCGAGAAAUCGACGUUAAUUGAGCCCACCUCGGAGAGAGGAGGACAGCCAGGCAGCCAGAGCUCCGGCGGCGGGGGUGUCGGUGUCGGUUCCGGUUCAGUCCGCUCGGUGGACCUAUCGCCGCUCGGUGUUCGAGCCCCGGCUUCGUGUGGAGGACCAUGGCGUGUGGAGCCACCCUUAAAAGGACUAUGGACUGGGACCCAGUGCUGAACCCGGCUUCCCCCAAGCGGAGGCGCUGCGCCCCGGCGCUGUCUCCGGCGUCCUCCCCGCAGAAGUACCUGCGGAUGGAGCCCAGCCCGUUCGGGGAGGUGUCCCGGCUCAGCCCAGAGCAAAUCCUGAUCAACAUAAAGCAGGAAUACAAACGGAUGCAGAAGAGACGACACCUGGAGAGUUUCCAGCCCUCAGACUCCUGCUGUCCACUCGACUCUCAGCCCAGCACGUCCCUCUCCACACACGCCGCGCUGACCGGUUUAUCUGCCGGGUCCUCGUCUCCGUCCCGGAGGGAGCAGCCACUCUUCACUCUGAAACAGGUGGGAAUGAUCUGCGAGCGGCUGCUGAAGGAGCGAGAGGAGAAAGUGAGAGAGGAGUACGACGAGAUACUCACCUCUAAACUCGCAGAGCAGUACGAUGCCUUUGUGAAGUUCACUCACGAUCAGCUGAUGCGGCGGUUUGGAGAGCAGCCAGCCAGCUACGUGUCCUGAGCGGGUCGCUGGUUCCGGUGCUGUUGCUUUGGCCUGUUGGUCCGUAGGUGUAACUGCGGUUUCCGCGGCGAUGCAGUGAGGGGGGGGCUUUGAGCUGUCUGUGAAGCCCCGCCCCUUCACUCCCACCGGGCACGGAGUGUCUCCGGCUUCUGUCUGUGAUUUUAAACCUGUCUCUCUCUCUCUCUGUCUCUCUCUCUGUCUCUCUCUCUCUCUCUCUCUGUCUCUCUCUCUGUCUCUCUCUCUCUCUCUGUCUCUCUCUCUGUCUCUCUCUCUCUCUCUCUCUGUCU